AAAAAAAAGGUUUUCACGCGCCUAUAAUUUCAGGGGCGAGAGACGAGCGGGAAACCUAUCAAUCGAAACUUUUGAACUUCUUCAGCACCUGCAAGAGCAAAAGGACUAAUGGCGAAAUCCCACUUCCAUCAGCACGAAUCUAAACUCUCUCUUCAAUUUUCCAGGUAACCAAUUACACCACAAGCCCCACCAGUCUACUCCCUUCUUCCGCCGUUUCUUUUCUACCCUUUUUAAUCAACUCCCAAACCCUAGGGUUACAAACUUCCAAUUGAAACCCUUGCACCAUGCCAAAACCAAAUUGAAAUGACUAAUAACAGAGAACCGCCUCCAAACAAGAUCCACACCGUCCAGGCAGAGCGAAACCUAGGAGCCAACUGGGAGGUAGAUCUCGCUACGAAGCUCGAAGACUACCUGUUGAAGAUUUGCUCCGGUGAAAUUACCGGCGCCGAAGACUAUAAUACUAACGCCUCUGUCAAUUUCGCCGAAGCUGCUUUGCUGCUUCAAGGUUCGGUUCAGGUGUAUAGCAGGAAGGUCGAGUAUUUAUAUAACUUGGUUUUGCAUGCUUUGGAGUUUCUUUCUGAAAAGAGGCAGCAGGAGCAAUCAGAGGGCACAUCAGUCCAGCCUGAGCAAAGUGGUUCCCAUGCAGUUUCUGAUGAAGAAAAUGAUCAAUUUUGGUGCGUGGAUGUCCCUGUGGAAGCAAGGAAUUCCUUAGAUGCUUCAACCAGUAAAGAUGCUUCUUUCUAUCACUUUGUGAAACCACCAGCAAAUCUUAUUGUCCUUGAAGGUGAUUGCUUAGAUACCAGUGGUGAUGGUGGAGAAUUAGAAUCAUACCUGUUAGCCACCAAUGAUCUUUACAGGGAUUUUAUUCUUUUAGACCCUUGUGAUGCUGUAGCAGUGAAUGAUUUUUUGAAGGGAGAUGAAACUGGAAAAUUACCAAAUAGUACUUAUAGGGGAAGCUCAACUCAUAAGAACUUUCAAUCCCCCACAAGACGUUCCGGGGGGACUGCACGCAAGUCAUCUCUCGGAAAGAACCUGGAUGCAAAUCUCAACCAACCUUCCAUGGCUGAUUGCAGUUUUGGAGUUAAUAACAGUACCGUGGGGCCAGAUCUUCCUGCUUAUGAUAAUUAUGAAGACGGGAACCAUGACUUUGAUAUGGAUGAUGGAUAUUCAGAACCUCGGAACUUGGAGGAUUCAGAAGAUGAUGACAGCAACGAUGAUCCGUGGAAACCCUUAAAUCCCCAUGAACCUGGGAACUUAAAAAUGAAGCCUUUCGGAAAAGUAAAACCCUACAGAAGGAAUGGUAUAAAUUCUGCCAAGCAGACCUCUAUAACUACUCUGUUUCCACUUGCUAAGAUGGAUGGUACUAUCAGUCCUGAGCUCAUAGAAAUGUGGAAAGCACGUCACAAAAGAUCUGAAACAAACUCCCAGUCUCCUCCUUUAUAUGAAAAGCUAAGGCAAUCCCUUAGUGAUGGAGGUAACAGCGCUAAUGAAACUUUUGGUAAUGCUGAGAAUGAUAAUGAAGCUAAUGGAUAUGAUGGUGGAAUUCCUGAUUUUGAACAGUCUGAUGAUGAGAUGCCAGAAAGUAUGUAUAUGGAUGAAGAUUUACCUCAACAUGAAAAGUAUGAUGAUAGCUCUACUCAUUUUGACACCAAUGAAGCUUUUAAACAUGAAGAGCCGAGUUCCCAAGCAAGCCUAGAAGAUCUAUGUCUCUCUCACCUAGAUGCUCUUCUUGCUAACAUAGCUGAAACUGAGAAACAGACUGAAUUGGCUACUCGAGUUUCAUUGUGGAAACAGAAAAUUGAGCGCAACUUGGAAGAACAGGAUGCACGCCCUUCAUUUGAUAUUCAUGCCUACGGUGAAAGAAUUCUUGACAAAUUAUCUCUUGAAGCAGACAGUGAUAAUGUCAUGUCCUUUGUUGAUGUUGUGGAAGGGCAAGAAAAGCAUGAUGUGGCUCGAACAUUCUCUGCACUUCUUCAGCUGGUGAACAAUGGAGACAUUGAUUUGCAGAGAAGUGGAGCAAGUGGUAAUUCCAUCUGUUAUACAGCUGCCAAUCCAUUCCAUAUCCGGCUUCUUAGCCAUGACAAGAGACGGGAGCAGAAUCAAUUUCGAUUGUCAAAAAAGAGAGUUAAAUCACCGAUAACCAAAGGAAGUGGCAAGGGUUCAGGAGACAAGUUUGGCAGACUGACAUCCUCACGUGUCAAUUCAUCUUCACAAGGUGAAUCAACAGUGCUGCCAUCACAAGUAAACUGCAAGUUUUCUGUGAAGCUUGGGAAUGUCAGCGGUGUGAGGUGCACUCCUGAGGGUAAGAGGAGACGGAGAUCUCGAAUUGUUGAACCAAUAGACAUGCAUUCAACACGGUGACAGAUGCCAUAGGCAAGUUAUCCUUCCUAGUUUCAUUGCUGGGGCAGUUCAACUUCUAUGCUGAAAGCCUCCUAGAACUUUGUAAUUGUGAUUGCAUUAUUAGUAUUUCUAGAUUUACUGACAAUGUUUAGCUGGAUCUGUAAUAUUUUCUAAGUUAUUUUGAAAGAUGCACUUUCAGGCGAAGAAGCCUUGUAAUAAAGUAAACUAAUUUCAAGUGUACAAUGAUAUUGUUAUCGGGCAAUGUAAUAUCAAUCUACUUACCAUCAACUUCCAA